AUGGGAGCCUUGAAUGCCAGGAGAAAUGGUUUGAACUUCACCUUGAGGCUCUUGGAAUACUUGGAAAAUUUAAAGCAAGGAAUUGACAAAUUGGAACAGGACACUCCUCCUCUGGGAGUGCUUUCAGCUGCCAGGAAUGCUGGGGGUGGUGGGGGCAGCCUGCCCAACCUAAUCACUCUCCUUGCAGAUGGGGCUGGUGAGAACCUGGCCCACGGUUGUGUAGUGCCUGAAGUCACCAGCACCUACAGACGGAUCCCUGACACCUCUCAGGAGUGCUCAUUGGACUCCUGGGAGGCGGAUGUCGAGCUGAAAGGUCCCUGGAGGCAGGUACCACUUCUCAAACUGGCCUUCUUGGACUCAGGAGUGGAGAUGGCAGUUGGGGACAGCUCCCUGGCCACCUCGCUGGGCCCUUCUCAGGAGUCUCUGGACUGUGAGCCUAUGGGGAGCCCUGAGCCCCUGGUCCUGCCCAUGGAGCCUUCUGCCCAUCUGGGUUGGCUCCUGGCCAGCCAGAAGCUUGAGCAGGUGCUGGGGCGGUCCAGCCAGUUCCUGACUUCUCCUACCAGCUUGUCACAACACCAUCGCUCCCUGAAGCCUACAAGGAAGCCUGGAUAUGAAAUGCUCCUUUUUGGAGCAAGUGAGCAAGAGGCCACCAAAGUAGAAACUGACUUAGAGGCAGGCCUGGAUGAAGCAGAGGUGGUGAGGGGAGUGGGGCCUGAAGCCUGGGCCUGCCUCCCAGGACAGGGUCUUCGCUACUUGGAACACCUGUGCCUAGUGCUGGAGCAGAUGGCAAGACUCCAGCAGCUCCACCGGCAGCUGCAGACCCAGACGCCCGCCGGGGACCCUGUAGCGGAGGAGGAGUUGACUCUGGCCCCUUCACCUCCACCGUCUCAUGCCCCAGGCAGUGAGGUGCGAAGGUCAUGGGAACUGCUCAGCCAGACAAAGGAGACAGGUGCAAACAGAGCUUCACUCCCAAAGGUAGGGGUGCCCAGUGCCAACUCUUCCAGGCUAACAGAGGCUCCAGCAGAGCCAGCUCACACCUUUCAAUCCUCCCAGAGUCACAUGCGGGACCUCUCCCACUGGAACAAGGUCAAGGUCCUUCUCAAUCAGAUUCGCUGGAAGAGCCCUCAACACCCUGAGCCCCCUUCCCCUCCUGAUGGCCCUGCUUCCGGUGAGUACCUGGCCUAGCCCAGGAUUAAGUCAAGGGACCUCCCUAAAAGACCUCCAUGCCGCCCCCUCUGGAAGACCUUUAUGCCAUCAUUAGUGGUGAAGAAACAACGAGCAAAAAACCUUUCUGUCUCUUGAGAGCUCCUAAUGCUGGACAUGACCCUGGGUGGAGGUGUAUACAGUGAACUCUUCUUUGCCCUUUGCCCUGUUGAUGUUUUUGGGUACUGCCAGGAAAAGUUGCUGAUGCUCGU